AUGAAAGCAAAUCUCGCCCUCUCCACCGCGCUCGCAACCACUGCGUCUGCUACCCGACAUUCUUUCAAAUCCCUCAGCUCGUCUGAUCAAACUUCGUUGGAGCAAGAACUGGACAAAUGGAAGGAGUUGUAUGGCCCCAUUGCACGAGCCAACGGCUUCUUCCCCCGAACCAACACGGAAUCUGCCCAAGUCGAUGGCCAUUCUGUCGAUGAACUCGAGCGCUUCCACCACACCGUCCAAGAGGCGAAGGUCGCAAAAGCAUCCAACCCGCACGCUGAGUUCAGUCCAUUCAACCAGUUUGCUCUCUUGACCGACGAAGAGUUUAAGGGCAUGUUGAUGAAGUCAUUUGAGCCACAAAACUUCACCAACGCCUCGCAUUUGUCAGAGUUGGCAAAUGACCGUGCUUCUCAAGCGGACUGGUCGACAUCCAAGUGCAACUCCCCGAUUGUCAACCAAGGCCUGUGUGGGUCAAGCUGGGCCUUCGCCACCAUCGGGGCGGUGGAGACUGCCCACUGCAUUGCAACUGGUGAACUCUUGGACUUGUCUGAGCAACAAGUGGUCAGCUGUGACGAAAAGAACUCUGGUUGCAACGGUGGCAAUCCUUCACCAGCCAUCGACUGGAUGCAACAAGGCAUGUGCACUGAAGAGUCUUACCCGUACACUUCCGGCACGAGUGGUCAAAGCGGUACCUGCCAAACCAGCUGCACCAAGAAGCAGCUGACGAUUGGCAAAACCAAGACUACGUUUGGCGAGGAUUCGCUCAUGACAGUUCUGGAAAGUCAGCCCGCCACCGUGUUCGUCGAAUCUUCCAACGCAGUGUGGCGCAACUACAAGAGUGGCAUCGUGUCUCAAUGCCCUGGGGUUCAAUCCGACCACUAUGUGAUUGCCGUCGGUUACAACGACGAGUACUUCAAAAUCAAGAACUCGUGGGGGACGGAAUGGGGUGACAAAGGGUACAUAUACUUGAAGCGAGGGACAACUGACAAGGGAACAUGCAAUGUGGCCCAAAGGAUCACAUACCCUGAAUUGCCCGCAUCGACUCCUUCGUCUAACGCGACGCCUACAUCCCGCCAAAAACCUAAUCAGUCACAAACCCACUUAUCCCACUCGCAAACCAUCCUCUCCUGCGUCCGACUACAAGCCCUCAACUGA